AAUUUCCACAUUGGGACAGUAUUUAUUUUUAGAAACAGGGAAUUUUUCAGGUUCAUUUGGAGUUUGGAGUAAAAUAUACAGAAAACUAAGACUCUAAACGUCAAAACAGUAUUAACUAUUUAUUAAGUUCUAUUUUCAAAAGGAGUAUGCUUUUAAUGCCUAAUAGAAACUGAUCUUCCAGAAAGGAACAGAGGACAAUUUAAUUGUGAAAGGAAAGAAAUGGCACACAGGGUGCCAAGUAAUGUUAAUAUAGUGAUUCCAUCAAAAGAGCUUUUGAUAGAUAAAAGCGAAGAUGGCCUUUUGGGUAGAGGUGGCUAUGGUUUGGUUUACACAGGAUUAUAUCGAGGGAGGACGAAAGUCGCAGUCAAAAUGCUGAGUGAUGAUGGAGAUAUUCCCAAGCAACGAAGAAAUGAUCUGAAGAAAGAAGCACGCCGACUUAGAGAUGCAUGUGAUCAUCCGUAUAUUCUUGACUUGAUUGGUGUUGUCAUGGAAACAAACAACUAUAGCCUUGUCUUGGAGUAUAUGCACUUUGGAACUUGCAGUUCAUUUAUAAAGAAUUACAUUGUUGGGACUCCUGUGCGUGUACAGUUUGCUCAGCAGGUAAUAUCAGCAAUGGCAUGGCUUCACUCCCGUACACCACCAGUAAAACACCUUGAUCUAAAAGCAGAAAAUGUGCUGAUCAACAAUAAUUUUGUUGCCAAGAUCAGUGACUUUGGUCUGUCAGAGUGGAGAACAGUUACCAUGGCUUUCAGCAGGACAGGGCCAGUGAUAGGUAGAGGCCCUCGAUGUGGAACUCUUUCACAUAUUCCUCCUGAAGUUUUCAUGGAUAUCAACAAAAAAGGAGCUGUGGAAGAGGAUGUGUAUGCAUUUGGAGUAACACUAUGGGAGAUAUUCUCUGGAACAGUUCCAUUUCGAAAUUGUGGAGAUAAUGAAAGAUUAAUUCGUGAAGCUGUAAUAAACAACCAGCGCCCCAGUUUGCAGGUUCUUGUAAAAGAGUGUCCUAAAGAAAUACGAGACAUGAUUCAGUUGUCAUGGGAUCGCAACCCUGAAUUUAGACCAACAUUCAAAGACCUUCAUGAGAAAAUUACUCCAGUGUACAAUUCAGUAAAGGAUACGAUACACCAACACCUCAAGUACAUCAGGGCACAAAUUGUUACAAUGUACCAAAAGGAGCCAGAAGAAGCCGUCGAGCACUAUGAAUGCACUAUGCAUUGGGAGGGUAUUGAAAAUGGAGUUUCUAAUGGGCAACAAAUAGUAAACAAUGGGUUGUUUAAUGAACAAGUGAGGAAAGAGAACAGGCAAACUAGUGUGGAGAAUAAUUUGUCUAACGGACAGGCAAAUGCAGGAAAUGGGUCAUUUGAUGCACAGCCAAGUACAGGAAAUUGGUCAUUUAACUUAAGCUCAAGUGUUGAGAAUAGGUUAUCUGACAAUCAGGCAAGUGCAGAAAAUGUGUCAUCAAAUCAGGAAGCAAAUGGGCAAUGUAAUGAGCAGACAUCACCCGAUGGAGAGAAAGGCGAUGAUAUAAAAUUUCCACCCAAAAUACAAUCACAGGACAGUGGAAAUAGUGGACACAGCAAUACAGACACUUUAAAUCAGAGAUUUCCAGCGUUUGCCUCUAAUAGGCCUCCUAAAGAAGCAUUUCCUCAUUUGAAUACACAGACUGGUUAUCCAUCUGAGAGACUAGGUUUUUCUACAGUGCAAACACCAAUGGUGAAGGGUAUGCCAGUCCAGAAUAUACCAGGAUCAUCAAGAAACUAUGGUCAAGCUCAUGUGCCUAUCAAUGAGACUGGACAGAAAGAAAUUGACAAUUCUGGUCAUAGAGGCAUGCAGGAAUCAAGGGAAAUUGGUUUGUCAGGUUUUGUUUCAGUGAAAAGUAAACAUUACACUCCUGGUGCCCAGCUCCAGCACCCACACGGACCAAUAGCUCAACCAGUCUCUGCUGUGAUACAAAGUGAAACUGUUGCUAAUGGUGACAGUAGUCAAGGUGAAGGUCGGAAUGGAGAGGAAGGGGAUGAUGAAGAAACCAUGUUAAAGGGAGAUCCUGUGGAUGAAUUACUUUCAGAAUUAAGCAUCAGCAAUCCAGGCUUGUAUAACAGCUUGUUGAGAAAUCCAGACGCACUGCAGAAUAUAGCAAGCAAUUUGUUGAAGUCAAAAGACGGUCAGUUGGAAGUCAAUUUGAGACCAGAGAUCGGACCUUCACGGCAAGCUACAGCAACCAGUCAGAGACCAGUUAACAGCUGUACAAGGGAAGUUACGCAGGGGACGCAGUUGCUUACUGGAAGUUCUGUGUCUGUAGAUCAACUAAGUGGACAAACUUCAAAUGGAGAGAGGCAUGCAGUGCCAGGACAGCAGACAGCACGUCUUGGGUCAACAGCUGACUCAACUGUGAGAAUGUUUCCUGCUCCUGAUAGAGGACAGCAUUUAUCUACCAUUUCAUCUCAGACAAGUCAGUCUGUUGUACAAGGUGAACCACUUACAGGUGCAGGUGCUGCGUCGUCACAUGUGCCUUCCUUUGUUACACCAACUGUCAGACUUUCUUUGCAGCCGACACUUAGACAUCCUGUAAAGCAGAAUGUUCCACCCUUCCAGCCAAGACAAAUAUUUGGGCAGUCAGUGUCAAGACAACCUGCUCCGCAAAUCCCAACUGUUCAUGGUUCCCAGCAGAAUGUACAUAGCACUGGUUCCCAGCAGACAGCAAACAAUUCAAUAUUUGGCCAGCAACAAAGGACAAACCAAGGUGGUGGCACUCCAGGUCAGACAAUAGUCAAGCCGUCAGCUGGUGUGGUGGCUGCAAGCCAAGAACCAACACAAUCAGUCCAGCCUCCACUGUCACAAAGAAGACCAUUUGAACCACAAAGACAACAGCAGACAGUUAGUCCACAAACACCAGUUUCAAAUACUUCUGCAUCCUCAAGGCGACCAGGUUCACCUGUUGAGGUGAGUGAGCAGUUGAGGUCAGAUGAAACACUCAACAGACAAGAUCAGCCGCCAGCUAACCAGACACAUACUGGCACAGCAGAUCCAGGUGAGGAUAGAACGCAACAGCCUGGUGAAAAUGGAAGACAGAAACAACCUGUUACCAUAUAUCAUAGGCAUGCUGGAGGUGGAACUACAACCAUCACCAUGGAUCCUGAUAAUGAACUUCCUCCCAACUUACAGAUCGGUAAUAAAAAUGUCAUGGUGGUAAAUGAUAGUGGUAGCAGGAGAAAAUCAGAAAAGAAGAAACAAAAGUGUAAAAAAUCUCAGCUUACAACAUGUACAGACGAGUUGUCUAUGGAUCAUAUAGACAUGGUUUCCGUGGAGAUUGGUAAAGACUGGAAACGACUGUGCCGGCAGUUAGAUAUGACUGAGGCAGAUAUUGAGCAGCUACAAUUUGACUACUAUGCCAGCGGGCUGUAUGAGAUAAUGUACCAAGGAAUUCAGCGAUGGAUACAGAGGAAUGGGAGAGCAGCAAAUAUCAAAACAAUAGCAGAGGCAUUGUGGGAGAUAGACAGGGAUGAUAUAGCCCUUCGGCUUCGCGGACAGUCACAGGAGUAACAAAGUGUAUCAUUAGAUAUGUGCACAUAACAGAAAUUGUAUAAUCUUCAUACAAGCCAUAAAUUUUGAGUUAAAGAGUAAUUAAUAUACAAAUUUUCGCAAAAUACAUAAUUGAACUGUGACGUCAUUAAUAUUGGUGGGGGACUAAUUUUCGUGGGUUUUGCAUUUAUCAAUCCAUGAAGUUUUCUAUUUAUCUUAUCUUUAAAAUGUUGAAGUCGAUGAAUUCAUGUCCCCACAAAAAGUUUAAUACACAUAAAGAUAAUUGUACAGAAAUCAAAAAUGCUCAACUAAUGAAAAUUAGUCCCUUAUGAUAUCUCCGACUGUACAGUACUUUAAUAUUUACAUCAAAGAAAAAUACACAGUGCUAUUCAUUUUCAACAGUUGUAAUAUUACAAGCAGAACUUUUCUUAGCUAGACUAACAGGGCUGGUAGUAACCUCAGGAUGAAUUGAUUGACACCGUGUAAGAACAUGUGCCUAAGACAUUUAUAUCACAUUUACAAUAUCCGGUAGUCAAAAAUGAUAAAGAUUCCCUUAGUUAUGAGAUUGGACAAUAAAAUGUGACACUUGUUAAAUAAUCAUAGACCUGAAGAAAAAGAAUUGCAAAUUCAGCAGAUAUGUUGCUACUAAGGCUCUUCAACUAUUAAAUGGAAUUUUAUGUUUUUAGCUCACCUGUCACAAAGUGACAAGGUGAGCUUUUGUGAUCGUGCGGUGUCCGUCGUCCGUCCGUGCGUACGUAAACUUUUGCUUGUGACCACUCUAGAGGUCACAUUUUUCAUGGGAUCUUUAUGAAAGUUGGUCAGAAUGUUCAUCUUGAUGAUAUCUAGGUCAAGUUCGAAACUGGAUGACGUGCCUUCAAAAACUAGGUCAGUAGGUCUAAAAAUAGAAAAACCUUGUGACCUCUCUAGAGGCCAUAUAUUUCACAAGAUCUUCAUGAAAAUUGGUCAGAAUGUUCACCUUGAUGAUAUCUAAGUCAAGUUCGAAACUGGGUCACGUGCCUUUAAAAACUAGGUCAAUAGGUCUAAAAAUAGAAAAACCUUGUGACCUCUCUAGAGGCCAUAUAUUUCACAAGAUCUUCAUGAAAAUUGGUCAGAACGUUUACCUUGAUGAUAUCUAGGUCAAGUUCGAAACUGGGUCACGUGCCAUCAAAAACUAGGUCAGUAGGUCAAAUAAUAGAAAAACCUUGUGACCUCUCUAAAGGCCAUAUUUUUCACGGGAUCUGUUUGAAAGUUGGUCUGAAUGUUCAUCUUGAUGAUAUCUAGGUCAAGUUCGAAACUGGGUCACGUUCGAUCAAAAACUAGGUCAGUAGGUCUAAAAAUAGAAAAACCUUGUGACCUCUCUAGAGGCCGUAUAUUUCAUGAGAUCUUCUUGAAAAUUGGUCAGAAUGUUCACCUUGAUGAUAUCUAGGUAAAAUUCGAAAGUGGGUCACGUUCCAUCGAAAACUAGGUCAGUAGGUCUAAAAAUAGAAAAACCUUGUGACCUCUCUAGAGGCCAUAUAUUUCAUGAGAUCUUCAGGAAAAUUGGUCAGAAUGUUCACCUUGAUGACAUCUAGGUCAAGUUCGAAAGUGGGUCAUGUGCCAUCAAAAACUAGGUCAGUAGGUCAAAUAAUAGAAAAACCUUGUGACCUCUCUAGAGGCCAUAUUUUUCAUGGGAUCUGUAUGAAAGUUGGUCUGAAUGUUCACCUUGAUGAUAUCUAGGUCAAGUUUGAAAGUGGGUCACGUGCCAUCAAAAACUAGGUCAUUAGGUCAAAUAAUAGAAAAACCUUGUUACCUCUCUAAAGGCCAUAUUUUUCAUGGGAUCUGUAUGAAAAUUGGUCUGAAUGUUCACCUUGAUGAUAUCUAGGUCAAGUUUUAAACAGGGUCAUGUGUGGUCAAAAACUAGGUCAGGUCUAAAAAUAGAAAAACUUUGUGACGUCUCUAGAGGCCAUACUUGUGAAUGGAUCUCCAUAAAAAUUGGUCAGAAUGUUCACCUUGAUGAUAUCUAGGUCAAGUUUGAAACUGAGUCACGUGCCUUAAAAACUAGGUCAGUAGGUCAAAUAAUAAAAAAAACUUGUGACCUCUCUAGAGGCCAUACUUUUCAUGGGAUCUGUAUGAAAGUUGGUCUGAAUGUUUGUCUUGAUGAUAUCUAGGUCAAAUUUGAAACUGUGUCAACUGCGAUCAAAAACUAGGUCAGUAGGUCUAAAAUUAUUAAAAUCUUUUGACCUCUCUAGAGGCCAUAUUUUUCAACGGAUCUUCAUGAAAAUUGAUCUGAAUGUUCACCUUUAUGAUAUCUAGGUCAAUUUCGAAACUGGGUCACGUGCGGUCAAAAACUAGGCCAGUAGGUAUAAAAAUAGAAAAACCUUGUGACCUCUCCAGAGGCCAUAUUUUUCAUGAGAUCUUCAUGAAAAUUAGUGAGAAUGUUCACCUUGAUGAUAUUUAGUUAAAGUUCAAAACAGGGUCAGAUACCUUUGAAAACUAGGUCAAUAGGUCAAAUAAUAGAAAAACCUUGUGACCUCUCUAGAGACCAUAUUUUUCAAUGGAUCUUCAUGAAAAUUGGUCAGAAUUUUUAUCUUGAUAAUAUCUAGAUCAAGUUCAAAACUGGGUCACAUGAGCUCAAAAACUAGGUCACUAUGUCAAAUAAUAGAAAAAAACGACAUAAUACUCAAAACUGGGUCAUGUGGGAAGAGGUGAGCGAUUCAGGACCAUCAUGGUCCUCUUGUUAUUGAAAUGUAUUUGCACACUAUUGUAUGUAAUGAUUUAUGUAUACACUGUUCCAUUUAGUGAGGUGCCAUAAAAUGGCACUUUUUAAGUUUAUGUAAUACAUAGAGGAUAUUUGUUUCAGUUUAAGAUUGAAAUAUCUUUCACGAGAGAACACCAGAUGCAUAGCCACGAGUGAAAAUGUAAGAUAUGGUGUUCACGAGUGAAAGAUAUUUUGAUGAUGUAAAAUUAAAUUUUCUUUUUAUUUCCUGUUUUGACUAUAAAUUUACUCAUGUAAAAUAGUUUCUUACCAGUGAAAAAUAUAUUUGAUAUUUUUCUUUUUGAAAAUACCAAAUAUAUUUCACUCUUAUAUUUCAAUCAUUCACUGAAAUACUGUGAAAUCAUUAAAUUUCGUGGGCAUGAAAUUUCAUGGUUUUGGUCAAAACAGCAAUUUCUUGGGGAUAUUAAUUUGUGGAUUUCAACUUUUGAACAUAAAAUGAAUGGGAAUUUUACUUGUUCGUUGGGAUUAAAUUUUGUGGAUUGACUCAACCAUGAAAUCCCUGAAAAUUAGUCCCCACGAAUAUUAAUGAUUUCACAGUACUUGUAAUAAAAAUUUGUAACUUAUUAUAUAUUACAGGUCAAACCUGUAAUGGACAUAAAUUAUCAUUCUAAAAUAUAUGGUAUGUGUGUAAAGAUCACCAUGGAAUGGCCAAAACAGUGGUGUAAGUCCAUUGGUUAAAAUACAAGGAAAAUGUUUGCAAUGAGUGUAACUAGUGGUGUUUACAGCCAGAUGAUCUCUGUACACUGCUGGUAUUCAGCAUAGGCUUAGUUUAUAUGAUAAUAUUCAAUGACACCAAUAGUCCUUUUGUUGUAAGUUUGGCAGGUUUCAUUUUGAUAUGGAUACAUUUAAGGGAGUGAUAGAUUUGAAGUUGUAAAUGAGUUUUGACAAAGGUAGGGCCAAAUAAAUAAAUUUUGGCUAUCCUGUGUAGUAUUUGAUACUUUCAUUUACAGAAAUACUUGGUUUGAAUUCACAUCAUUUGUAAAAUUGGGUUUGUGAAAAAUAGGAAUCAUAAUCUGCAAGUUUUAUCUAAAUAUCUUUACAAUGACAAAACAUUAUAUAGCCUUCCAGUGUAAUAAUACAAUGAUAAAUUGUGAAAUUGUUUUAUUUCAUUGGCAUAAAAUUUGGUCUUUAUAUAUCCUGACUGUUUUAAAAUUGGAAGAUGAUGCAGCAAAACUCAUCAGAUACUACCAUCAGUAUUUUCAUGAAUUUAAGAAGAGUUUAGUGAAUGUUAGUUUGUAUGUACGAAUAUGUAAAUAGGCAUCAAGAUUUGUGAUUUCCAAGUUAAUAAAACUAUUUUGAAUCACAAUUAUUUCUUUCUGACAUUAUUUAUGCAGUGUUGAUGAAGUAUUAAUGUAGUAUGUAGCAUGCCUUGAAUUUAUGCAGGUUUUGAAGUCAAUUUCUUGAAUGUAAGAUUGGUUACUAGAAUGAUGUUGACUGUAAAUAUGUACCUGUUACAUGUUGCUAUGAAAUUGUUAACUGUGAUAAAAAUUAUGAUAAUAAAUACAAUAUAAGUUUU